GCAGUCGGCUGCAGGUGCCUCCAGGUGUGGCUCGCAUCGUUUCUCUGUUGCUUCGGAUCUGAAGUCUCAGCUGAGCCUCCAAGGUGAGAUCUAACUUCUCGUUGCUCCGGCUGUCAGUGCAGGACACACAGCGGCGGGAAUCUGACCUACAGGUUUAGUUUAUCUGAGGAGCUGUGACAUGCUGAGACUCCUUGAUGAUUCUUCGCUUUCUCUGGAUGACUUCUGCGUUCUGAUUAGCAGACAGGUUCAGGAGGCGCUAGGCAUGAUGGGUAAACCCCUUCAUAGGCUCAGCAAUCAGCAUUUUUCUCACUGGUUGUGAGUUUCAUGGAAACUCAGCUGUUCAGUCUUUGUCUCCUUCACAUGGUGUGGAAGCGCUUUUAUUUCCUCUGAACCAUUCCUGAGUUCUAGCUUCGGUUUUCUAUGCUUCUCACUUUCCUUCCAGGUGUAUUUCAGCCUCGGACUUUUCUUGACCCGGUUUCAGGAGUUUCUGUAGACGAUUCUGUUGCUUGAUGCCAAAGAUCAAACACAGGAUGUGUGUAAGAAAUGAGAAGCUCCUCGUCGCACCAGCKGAUCCAAUCACAGGAUCCAACCUGUUGGCCUAGUUAAAUCCUGUUGUCCGCUGUUUUUGACCAGACAGUAGGUCAAUGCUAAAGAUGCUAACGGUGCAGAAUCCUGCAUCCAAGUACGUUAAUGGGAAGACAUUCCAGCAGCUGGACUCCAGCCAUGUUUAUGCUGAAUGGCUUCUGAAGCAGAAACAUCAGAACCGGGCCGGAGAGAACGGRCCGGACCGUCGGCGUCCAGAGUCCUCCUUCAGUCCUCCGUUCCCAAAGGGAAAUUCAGAUGAAAGGAAACCUAUUUAGGAGUGAAGGUGAGAGUCUGGAGGAAACAUGAGGAGCUCAACAAAGUUUCACCUGAAAGGAAAAAAGUUUAGACAGGAUAAAGACGGUUCUGCUGUAGAAAACUGCAGAACAACCGAAACGCUGUUCUCUGGGAAAUCAACUGGAAUAUGGAACUGGACCUGCAGUUCUGAACGUCUCCACUGGUUACCAGUAACUAACURGUUACUUCCAGAAACGGCACAUGGUUGCAGAUUGUUGCUGAACUGAUGAACCAGCUCUGAGUUUUGCUGUUUGUUUGUUUCACUCUCAUCUCCUGAAAAGCUCUUUACAGGAGCUUUAGGUUAACCAGGCCUCGCCUUGACCCGCAGUCCGGCGACCUUUGACCUCUGUCCCGCAGCCAUGCCGCCUCCAGGAGCCUGUCUGAACAUCAUGGAGGCCCGCCACCGCCGGGACGGCUUCGGCCGCGCCUGCAGCCCCGGCCGGCUCUUCGGACAGGACUUCCAGCAGCUGAAGGAGUUCUGUGUCAGCAGGCGGCUGAAGUUCAUCGACGACAUGUUCCCGCCUGACAGGAAGUCCAUCGGACAGGGAGUCCUGAGCCCCUCGGACCUGGCCCGGGUCGUCUGGCUCCGGCCGGCGAUAAUUGCUCAGAACCCGUCCUUCGUCCUGCGAGGGUUCUCCAGGUUUGACUUUGGUCAAGGAGUUCUGGGAAACUGCUGGUUUCUGGCGUCGAUCGGCGCGCUGACGUUCCAGGAUCCAAUCCUCCAGCAGGUCGUCCCUCAGGAACAAGGCUUUGAUGAGAACUACUGCGGCCUGUUUCAUUUCAGGUUCUGGAGAUUUGGGAAGUGGGUGGACGUUGUGAUUGACGACAAGCUGCCAACGAUCAACGGCAGCCUGAUCUUCGUUCAGUCCAAGAAGCAGAACGAGUUCUGGCCCGCCCUGCUGGAGAAAGCAUACGCCAAGGUGUGUGGCUCCUACACCGACAUGAACGCUGGGACUCCUGCAGAGGCCAUGAUGGACUUCACCGGAGGCGUCCACAUGUCCAUCCCGCUGACGGAUCCUCCUCCGGACCUGUGGGGGAUGAUGUCCAGAGCCGGGAACUUUGGCGCUCUGCUCAGCUGUAGCACGCCACAAGGGGAGUCGUCCUCGUUGACCUYGUCUCCCAACGGCCUAGUCCAGGGCCACGCCUACACUGUGACUGGAGUCGUCCAGGUGACGAGCAGAGGGAAGCCGGUGAAGAUGCUGCGUCUGUGGAAUCCCUGGGGAAAAGGAGAGUGGACCGGAGACUGGAGCGACCGSUCGUCUCUGUGGCAGACCGUGAGCUCCCAAGACCGAGAGAAAUGCCUUUCAGUGGUCGACGACGGAGAGUUUUGGAUGACGCUGGAGGACUUCUCCAAGUUCUUCACAGAUCUUGACAUCUGUGGUCUGAACCCGAACUUCCUGGACGAAGACUCGUCUUCCCAGUGGACGACCUCUGUGGCGGAGGGCCGGUGGGUGGCGGGAACAACGGCUGGAGGCUGCAUGAACUACAAAGACAGCUUCUGGACCAAUCCACAGUACCGAGUCAAGCUGUGUGGCGAGAAGGCUGAGAAAAACAUCCUGGUGUCUCUGAUGCAAAAACCUGACAAGAGGAACCGACACCUGGCCCAGAACCUCCACAUCGGCUUCUCCAUCUUCGAGGUGAAAGAACAGCAUCAGGCACACAGGGGGAAAUUCACGGCCUCGUUCUUCAGCUCUCAACAACCCGUCGCCCAAACGAAGACCUUCAUGAACGCUCGGGAAGUGAUGGAGCUGCUGACGCUGAAGCCUGGAGAGUACAUGAUCGUCCCGUCCACCUUCCAUCCCAACGAGACGGCGUCCUUCCUCCUGACCAUCCUGUCCAAGUCCGAGACCCGCUGCUAUGAGAACUCUGGUGAGCGCUCUCCAGAACCGGUUCCAGAGGCGAUGAAGGUGAAGAACAGACAGGAGGAUGAAAAUAAGAACGCUUUCUUCCGUCAACAUUCAGACAAGCACCUCGAUGCUAAACAUGUAGCAGCUAAAGCUAAUGUUAGCGUCCACACUGUAAAGAAGCUCCAGGACCUCCAGGAGUUCCUGAAACUCUGGAAAGAUCAACUUUGCUCCAAUGAGGUGGGGAAGAACCUGAAGAUUAAAAACCGAGACCUGCAAUCCGGGGGUUUCAGCAUCGACGCCUGUCGGAGCAUGGUAGCUCUCAUGGACACGUCAGUAACUGGGAGGCUGAACAGCAGCGAGUUCAUCCGGCUGUGGAACAAAGUCGUCAUUUACAAGGACAUUUUCUUUCAAACGGAUGUUUCUCGGACCGGAACCCUGUCGCUGACGGAGCUCAGGAACGCGCUCGUCGCUUCAGGGAUGAGAGUCUCUGACGACACACUGAACCUGAUGGCGCUGCGCUACGGCGCCCCCUCUGGUCACAUGACACUGGAGAGCUUCAUCAGCCUCAUCCUGCGUCUGGACUGCAUGUUCAAGAUCUUCCGGGAGCUGUCUGAUGGGAAAACGAUGAGCCUGCAGGAGUCAGAGUGGAUCUACGUUUCCAUGUACACGUGAGUCUGCAGGAGGUCGAAGWCCGGCUCCCUCUCACCUCAGACUGAGCCAGAAUCAUCUACCUUCAGUUCAUUUCAUGUGUUUUCUGUGGAAGACACUUCAACUUCACAACUGAUGAAAUAAAAACACAUUUCAAAUUUUA